AUGACCGAAGAAAACGUGUUCACCUGCUACCUGUGCAACUUUUCGUCGAACUACGACUAUUUCGGAAGGGAACCACCUUGGUUGCCGCAGAUUCGAUUUAACGAAGACCUGUUUAUCCGAAAAGAUCCAUUCGCGGAGCCGGGUACUCGCAAAGUGAUCAACUUCAUCACACUUGGUGCUAUCUGCCCGUCUUGUGGAAAGUCGGUGUGUGCAGACUCGGUUGGUGAACUGAACGUGGAAUGA